AUGCCUUCCCCAUCACAAACAAACCCUCGCUACCGCAGCGCAGCCGAGGAGCCCUUCCUCCGGCAGCGCGAGAAGGAUGACAAGUUGCGGCGUGCGAGUCCGGGGCUGACCCGCGGGAGGGUAUUCCUGAUCGCGAUCACCCUCUCAACCAUGGCCUGGCUCCUCCUGGUAUUCCAACCCUCCGCCUCUCCGAAGCCUAGCAAGAUCGACCCGGCGAGCAUAACGAGCGUGGAACCCACCCUGCUGGACUACGGUGAGGGGAACCAGAAAUGGACGUGGAAGUUGCCCGCAAAUCUUGGCGGUCUGCUGCGGCCGCAUGUGUACAGUGAGAUGUGCCGUGCCGCUAGACGGGCGAGUGAUGUCGCUGCAGGACACGGGAGACAUGCGCAUCAUGGGUAUUACUGGGUCGACGAGCACUUUUUGAAUCCCAGGGUGGAGGACGAAGCGGCUCUGAGGGGAGUUUGUGAAAGGAGCUUGACGUACAUGCUUGACUCUUCGGACCCGGGACUUGGGGGAAUGUUGCUAGGUUUGUGGAGCGCGUACGGUUUGGCGAUGAGUGAGAACAGGACGUUUUUUGUAGACGAUAGUAAUUGGUCCUGGGGAACUUAUGCCACCUACUUCCUCCCGAAAAAACCCACCUGCCGCCCUCCACCACCUAACCUUGUCAUCCCCUGCUUGAACCAGGUCCCGCACCUGCUCGUGGCACACUCAACCACAAGCGCAACAUUCGGCCACGCGUUCACGGACUUCUUUGAAGAUGCGAGGAAAAUGAGAGUCCAGCGGCAGCACAAGAUCUUCGCGCUUGCAAGGAGUGGGUAUGAAUCGCUGUUCAGACUGCGCCUGUCACCGGCCGAUGAGGAGGCUGUUGAGGUGCGGAAGAAGCAGGUGAAAGAAGAACGCGGCAACGAGAAAGUGCUAGCGGUGCAAAUUCGCCGGGGUGAUGGUAAGGAUAAAGCUUUCGAAUGGAGGGGGACAGGGCACGUGCCUGUGUCUCGCUAUGCAGACUUGAUAUCUGCUGCUUCCGCUGCCGCCGGGGGCAACACCACCGUCCUCAUAUCAUCUGACGAUCCGGCAAUCUACUCCCUCCCGGAAUUCGUGAAUUAUACUCCCGCUCAACCAGUACCUUCCUCGCCAACCACCCGCAGUCGACUGCCCGGCGGCUGGACCAGACAGACCUUUGAGAACGCGCGUGCUAGCGGGAGCGAAGCGGUGACCGACCUGGCCAGGGAGUACUUCCGCGACGUCAAGAUCCUUGGCGAGACCGCUAGCGGGCUCUUCUGCGGCGGGAAUGGGAAUACGUGUAGGGUUUUGGCGGUCAUCAUGGGCUGGCAAACGGCGGUGGAGGAGGAGGGGUGGGUUAAUGUUGAUGAUGGGAGGGGGUGGUUUGGGAUUGAUUGGUAAUGUAGGUGGGGGGUAUGAUAGGUUGUGUAUGAUAAUAUAGCAUUUUUUUC